AUGAAGGCCGUGGCUUACUUCACCCUCCUGGCCUCCGCCGUGCACGCGGGCCUGCUGGGGAAGAGACACGCCUGCCCGCAGGCCUGCGACCUGUCCCGGUGCCCCGUGGCCCCGCGCCUGUGCUACUACGGGCGCGUGCGGGACGCGUGCGGCUGCUGCCCGCUGUGCGCGGCCGGAGAGGGCGACGCGUGCGGCGACGCGUGCGGUGACGCGCGCGGCGGCAGCGGCGGCGGUUUCCGCUCAUGCGGCGACGGGCUGAGGUGCGACCCCGCUCCGGAGGGCACCCCGGGGGGGUCCCAGGGGUCGUGCGUGUGCGUGUGCGCCUCCGCCGGACCGGUGUGCGGCAGUGACGGGAGGACGUAUCCGAGCAUCUGCCGCCUCAGGGCCGAAAACAAAAGGGCCGAGGUCGGGGACGCUCCUCCGGUCAUCUUAAUCCAGAAGGGCCAGUGCGACUCCGGAGUGCAUCAUCCCGGAAGCAUGCGCUACAAAUACAACUUCAUCGCAGACGUGGUGGAUAAAAUUGCCCCGGCUGUGGUUCACCUGGAGCUUUUCCAAAAAGUUCCCUUCUCCGGUGAGGAGGAGGUCUUUGUGUCCAGCGGCUCUGGGUUUAUUGUGUCCGAAGACGGCUGGAUCGUCACCAACGCCCACGUGCUCAACAACAAGCAGCGGGUGAAAGUGGAGCUGAAGAGCGGCGUGCAUUACCACGCCGUGAUCAAACACAUGGACCAGAAGCUGGACAUGGCCCUCAUCAAGAUCGAACCGGCUGGCCCCCUGCCUGUGCUGUCUCUGGGUCGGUCCCUGGACAUGCGUCCGGGGGAGUUUGUGGUGGCGGUGGGCAGCCCCUUCUCCCUGCAGAACACGGUGACCACGGGCAUCAUCAGCACCGUCCACCGCAACGGCCUGGAGCUGGGCUUCAAGGACUCCGACAUGGACUACAUCCAGACCGACGCCAUGAUAAACUACGGCAACUCGGGUGGGCCACUUGUCAACCUAGACGGAGAUGUAAUAGGCAUAAAUACUCUAAAAGUGGCCGCCGGCAUCUCGUUUGCCAUCCCCGUGGACAGAAUACGCCAGUUUCUUGCCGACUUCUACAACAGACAGCUCAAUGGUAGGCAGAACAUCACGUCGGUCGUGUUCUCCGGGAAUGUUUUCCUGAUCUCAUCCGUUCACUUCCACGUUUUUCUGCCUCCAGGAAAUGUAGAACAGAAGAAGAAAUUCUUAGGCAUUCGUAUGCUGCAGCUCACACCUUCUUUGAUCCAAGAUAUCAAAGAACGCGUCCCUGAAUUUCCAGACGUUAAAUCGGGAGUAUACAUCUAUCAGGUCAUACCCGGAACUGCUGCAUUCAGGGCUGGAAUGACCGAUCAUGACAUCAUCAUCAGCAUCAACGGUCAGCCCGUCCACUCCACGCAGGACGUGAGCGCCGCCGUCCAGAACGGCUCCGGACUCUCCGUGGUGGUGAGGAGAAAAGACGGCGAUUAUAUGCUGACCAUAACUCCCGAAGAGACGGAGUGA